GCGAAAGACAGCAAAGAGAAAGGCAGAUUGUACUAGGUGGAAAAAAAGAGACAUUUCUGGAUAAAUUGAAACAGCAGCACAGAGAACAAAGACGAUGCUGCUGGAGUAUUUCAUCUUUGGGCUGAUUACCUUUCUUAUGACAGGAGCCCAAUGUGAGAUAACUGAGGUGUUUGCUGAAGCUGGCUCUCAGGCUGUUCUACCCUGUAAAUGCAACCCUUCAGCCUCAUCUCCCCCUGCCAUCCUCUGGACUCAAGCAAACAAAGGCACUGUUUGGAGGAAGUUAAAGAGUGGCCUGCAGUACUGGGGCUCCAGCUGGGCCCAGAAUGGAGUCCAACGCGUACAAUGUCCCCAUUCCCAAUUUGAAAGAGACGAUUUCAGCCUGCAAAUCAACAGGGUGACAGAGGAGGAUGGAGGGCUUUACUCCUGCCUGGUGCAGCACAAAGGCAAUUCUGUUGAAAAUGUGGUCAUACUUAGAGUCAUCAGAGUGUCUGUCUCCCCAGCAGUUCCUAUUUCAGGGGACGCUCUUUCAAUCACCUGUAAAGUGACUCCUUUACCUUCUGGGGCCAAGGUGCAGUGGAAAUUGAACAACAGCCCAUUUUACUUCACCAAUUACAGGAACACUGAUAAAAGUGUUGUGAUGCAAAAGGCGACUAGGAGGCUGUCGGGAAACUGGACUUGCAUUGUUAGCUACAAGGGCAAAGAGGGGCGAGCUUCAGCGUCUCUGUCUGUAAAAGGAAUCAUGCAACCACCCAAAGACAACACCAAGGUGUAUGCUGCCGUGGGGUCUGCUGUUACACUCCCGUGUGUGUUCGCCUCUGGUUUAAAACCUUUUGGAUCAGAGUGGGAGAAACUGAAGACUGGCUCUACUUCUAAACCUGCUCUUGGCCACCUUCCUCCCUCCUUCUCCCUGUCCUCGCAGUCCUAUGAGAUGCCCUGGGACAAGUCUGCCAGGGUGGAAGAGGUUGGGUAUAUGGAUGAAGGCAGCUACAGAUGCUCUGGGAUCAUUGGGCGCCAACAAGUGACUCGAACUAUGCAGCUUGUCGUUGCCAAAAUUGACAGCAGCAAGACGAAAGCUGCAGUGACACUGACCUGCCAACUGACCGACGCGAGCGAUGUCACCGACUAUGAGUGGGUUCGUGUAACCUAUGACAUCAACGGCACCCAGUCAGUUGGGCCCACCCAGAAGGGAAAGACUAUUAGUAUCAGCAGGGAGUCAGAUGAGUGGGGUGAAUGGGCAUGCCUUUUCUAUGGGAAAGAAGGCAUCCUGGGAAACAUAACAUACCACGUUCCACUGAUGGCUGGUCUGACUGGACAGAAAUUGAAAGGUCUGUCACAUAACACCACAGCAGUGGUCGGUCUCAGCAUUCUCCUCGUUGUUCUGCUGCUGAUUCUGGUUCAAAUGUUUAAGAACCACCAAAGGAGGAAAAGGAUCUUUCAGUACCCCGCGCUGGAGACGAUUGUUCACACCAUCUCUAAUGAGCGGGAGGAGAGAGAAAGGAACCAGACGAAGGAGUAAAGACACAUUAAAGAUGCGACAUCGCAAGAAAGUUUUCACUGUACUAAACUGAAGUGAAAUGUGUUUUCUUUAUGCCUGCAAUAAGUUGGGAGGUUUUUUUGCACAGGUUUUGUAAAUACAGUAUUUUCAGAGCAGACGUUGUAGCAUUUUUGUUGUGUUAAGAAUUUAAAAUGUUGUAUAUCAUCCUUUUAUUUCUGUUGUAACUGUUUUGUUCAGUGUGAGAAUGUAUUUGCAUGUAUAUUUGCGUGUGUUUUUAAAAAUAAAGUACA